UUGUUUUUUGUACUACCACAUACACCUUCGAACACCAUACAUACUUAUCUCAUUAGCAAUGUCACGCGCUCCAGACUCUGGACCGCUUCGCAAGGUAUGGGCCUCAAUGAUCCCAGUGGAGAUACAGCUUGCUCCUAGCGACGCAAUUGAGCUGCUGGCCUCGGCAACGCUGCCCGAGCCCUUUCAGAUAUUUUACAUGUUGGUGCCGCGGGUCAGCUACCUGCCAUUUGUCAGUACCAAGGUUAAGGAGCAGUGGAUAGACCCGAUGCUGGCAAUGUCUGGCUCGCCCAUCAACGGCAACGACAUCACCACCAUUGCGCCGGAAACAGACUUUUGGUUCGAGUACAAAGGUGUCCCGUUAAAAUGGCACUACCCGAUCGGGCUACUCUACGACCUGUACGUGAACAGCGCGCUUAAUGGCGAGCCCGAGCUGCCGUGGUCGCUGACAGUGCAUGUGCGCAGGUUCCCGGACAAGAUGCUCAUCCCGUCCCCAUCGGCAGAAAUUAUGCGCAAUAUGGCUAUGGCGGUUGUCAAGGAGGCAGACUAUGUUCGCUACGGCUCAACCAAGCGCACCAUGGACCUGGGGAAGGCAGAGCAGUUUCAAUUGCUCGACGGGCUGGAGACGCACUCCUUUGAAAAGUACAUCGCCAUACACUCUAUACUUGUGCCAACGCCGGACCCACGUGCCCCAGUGUCGUCAUCGGGCCCAAAGUUCCAGCCGCCCAAGGCUGUUCCGCUGCGGUUCUACGUGCCGGCCGCAUUCAGUAGCGAGGAAUACACGAUCCGUCCGAUAUCUGCAGGCGGGCGGCCUGCGUCGUCGUCGUCAAACCCGAACGCUGGCAUGUCGCAGCCACGGCACCUGAACUACAAUGUAUACCAGUGCCCAAUCGCGCCGACCAAGGACGCAGGCGACUCGGACAAACCCACGACGCUGGCUGAUGCCUACAGGACAUGCGUCGAGUCGGCCGAGCAGCUCGAGAGCAAGGUCUGUCUGUGCCAGGGCAUCCGGGUGCCGUGGGAGACGCCGGUCAGCUGGCUCGCAGACAACCUGGUCUACGCUGACUGCUUCCUGCACCUGGUGGUCGUCGGCACCAACGGCACGCCGCUGGCCGAGGCGCUGCCCACAAUUGGCGAGUGAAUACAUUGAUCUCGCUGCGCUAAUUUUGUGAGAAAUUACCAAAUGCUAAUCUGAUUCAGAGAUAACGGUCUGGGCGGACUGCUUUUGCAAACACCCCUCCGCACAGACGAUCCUCCAGCAGCAGCCAAGCAGCACGAAGGCAGCUCCGGCGGU